CUUGUACCUGAACUAAUACCCUAUUUAUAGUUUACUUUGUGUUUGUUAAUGAAAUGAUAAUUGUAGUAAUAUUUAGUCUCUAUAUAAGCCAGAGGUGAAUUAUAUUAAGAGCUCAAAUAUGGGAUGAUGGAAGUUACUAUAAGGAUAUAUAAAUAGUGUUCUGUGCUGUGCUGGAGUAGAAAUUGCUUGAUAUAGUGUCUCUUGUGUGCAGAUGAUAAUGCGAGAAGUAAUAACUGGAAGGAAGUCAAUAGGGAAUCAAGAAUAAUGACCAUUUUGGGUUCAUCUGUCGUGAGCUAAAUGGAGAGACGGCGUGUUAUUUGGGUUACGUCUUCAAGUGUCAGAUGAGCUCAGUCACUGAUGAGAUCAUGCAAGCACUGAGCAAGGCCUUCGCUGCCGUCCAUGAGGCUCAGGUGCGAGAGCGUCAGGAGAACCUGUUGUGUGAUCAGUGUCCCAUGAAGUGGUUCAGUCAACUGUGUUCAGAAGUAGAAGGGUUACCUGCGGCCAAAGCUCACAUUACCAUUAUGAAGCGAUUAUCUUUCCUACCUACAGAAGAGAAGAGUAUACUAAUAGUGUACGAGGGGGCAGAGACAACAGAUAUUCAGGUCCAGAACAACAUAUUGAUGAUGCUUCUCAGAGCCCACUUUGAGAACAAGCAGGCGACCCACUCCAUACUGCCCUGCCUGGUGGGGGUGUGAGGCCAGAUUUCAAGCGGAUCAAACUGGAAUCUUCU